AUGAGAGAUUUAAUGCGUUUCAAGAAUUCAAGGAGCUCAACAAUGACAUUUGGCGGGAAAACAGUGGUGUUGGGUAGAGACUUUAGACAAAUUCUACCCGUUAUUCCAAAAGGUACUAGACAAGAUAUAGUGCAAGCCAGUAUUAAUUCAUCUUACCUGUGGAAUAAUUGUGAAGUUCUUCGUCUAACCAAGAAUUUAAGAUUACGAGGUCUUACUAAUGAAGAGGAUGUUCAGAAGUUAGAUAGUUUUGCCAAAUGGAUUGCGGAUUUAGGUGAUGGUAAUCUUAGUGAAGACAAUGGUGUUAAUUGCAAUAUAAUGAUACCGUCUUCAAUUGUAUUAGAAAACAAGGUUGAUCCUAUUAGGCAAAUUGUUGAAAGCACAUUUCCUGAGUACCGUUCUGGGAACAUGGAUGAAAGACAACUGGAGAAUAGAGCUAUAUUAGCUCCAACAUUAGAUGUUGUUGAUGAGGUCAAUGAAUACAUGAAUGGUAUUAAUCAAGCUGCUUCAAUGACAUACUUGAGUUGUGAUUCUGUUUGCAAGGCGGAGUCAAACUUUGAUAUGUAA